UAUAUAUAUAUAUAUAUUUAUAUUAAUGUGAGGGAACAUUAGUGAAAAGAGAGAGGGAGAUGGAGCGGAUAGCAGAGGAAGAAGUUGUGAUAGUGGGGGCUGGAAUAGCAGGGUUGGCGACGGCGGUGGCGCUCAAAAGAGUGGGGAUUAGAGCAUUGGUGUUGGAGAGGUCUGAUUGCCUCCGAGCCACUGGUGCUGCUCUCACCCUCUUCCCAAAUGCUUGGCGCGCUCUCGAUGCCCUGGGCGUCUCUCAUAAACUCACUCCCCUUUACGCCGUCCGCGAAAAGUCGUACGUAACAAAUGUUACGACUGGAGCUAUCCAAGAAGUCUCCUUGAGUAGAAACAAUAGAGGUGGACCCAUCACAGUACAUCGCAAGGCGUUACUAGAGAGUCUAGCAGAGGAGCUGCCAAGCAACUCAAUCCGAUUCUCAUCUAAGCUCAUCUCCUUUGAAGUCGAGGCCCAGGCCGAAGAAGGUCUAUACAUCAUACGCUUGGAAGAUGGAACUGUGAUUACAGCCAAGGUUUUGAUAGGGUGUGAUGGGGUGCACUCGUUGGUGGCUCGUAAAUUGGGACUGGCCGAGCCGGUGAACUCGGGUCGAUCGGCUGUGCGUGGGCUCGCGGUGUUUCAAGAGGGUCAUGGGUUGGGUGAUGAAGUGCAGCAAUUUUUGGAUGUGAACAUAAGGGCUGGCAUGGUCCCUCUUAAUGAUAAAGAGAUUUACUGGUUCCUCACUUUCAAAUCUACUCUUCAAGGUGAGGCCAUGGCAAGAGACCCAGAACAAAUACAAAGACAAGUGAUUGAGAAUUUUGCUAAGAACUUCCCUCCGACAUACGCUGAAGUGGUCCGCCACUGCGAUCUUUCUACCUUGACAUGGGCUCCACUGUUAAUGAGACUUCCAUGGCACCUCAUUUUUGGAAAUGUAAGCAAAGGGACGAUGACCGUGGCAGGUGAUGCCAUGCACCCCAUGACCCCUGACCUAGGCCAGGGUGGCUGCUCAGCCCUGGAGGACGCAGUUGUCCUAGGCCGCCACAUCGGAAACUCAUUCAUUGAUAACGGAAGGCUGGUGCCGGGAGCGGUGGCCGGAGCCAUAGAGGGGUACGUGAAGGAAAGGAGGUGGCGCACAACUGGGCUGAUAACGGGGUCAUAUAUAUCAGGGUGGGCGCAGUUAGGUGGAGAUGGAUGGUUGAUGAAGUUGUUCAGAGACGUGAUAUUCUAUAGGUUCAUUUUCAAGAGGCUUGUUGGUGGCGCAGAUUAUGACUGCGGGAAGCUCCCUCUAUUGAAUGAACAAAAUAAACCUCAGUAGCUUCAUUUCAUUUAUUAUUUUCUCAUCAUUUUUUUUUUGUGUUUUCCUUUGCCCUUCUGUUAUGAAGUUUGUUCCAGUCCGUACUACAUGCGUACACCUACGUUGAGAAUAAGAGUGUAAUAAAACGUAUAAAUUUGUUGAA